CUGAUUCAGUUCUGGACAAGGCCCGGCUGGUUCUGAAGAAGGUCCAGAGGCAGAGGAAAGUUCUAGAGGAGAAUCUGGAGUCUCAGAUCAGAGCGAGAACCGGAGACCUGCUGCACUGUCACCUCAAAGCCCUCGCACAGAACAGAGAUUGUUCUGAUGAAAUCCGCAUGAAGAAAGCCGUGGACUCCUGGAUCAGCACUGUGUCCAAAGAAAUCCAGGUCGAGGUCCAAAAGUCAUCUGUCAAACCCGACUCUGCUGGAACCAAGACUUCAACCAAUCGGAACGCAGCGGACAGAAGAAAGCCCGCCCCCUCAGGCAGGUCGAGACCACUGGGCACGCUCAGAACAACCCCCACGAAACCCGCCAGAACCAGCGCCAAACCGUCCUCAGACUUGUCCUCAGAUCCAGACUUGUACCUGCGUCGUCUUUACGGUAAAGCGGCUCACGAGGGGCAGAGGCGGAGUCUGAAGAGGAGCCCGUACCUGCGCCUGACCUCACCUGUCUCCCCUGACCCCACCCCCAGGUCCAACAGGCCACGCCCCCGAAUCGUGGAGAGCGUCAGAGGAGUGAAGCUCAAGUCCUGCAAGACUCAGACUAGUCCUGGUCUUGGUCCCAGUCUUGGUCCCGGUCUUGGUCCCAAUCUUGGUCUUGGUCCUGGUCCAGUUGAGUCUGGACCCAGCUUCGCGCUCAGAGCCAUCCCUCUGGGUCGACCCAGGAUAGACUCCUCCCACAGAGCCCCGGGGGAAGUGACAUCACCGCCUAGACCCCGCCUACAGCCGCAGCAGGAAGUGACAUCACCGCCCAAAUCACCUCAAAGGGUCGUGACCUCUGGAGAGGCGGCGCGAGAGGGCGAUCGAGAGACAGAGGUCUCAGAAGCUGCAGCGUCUCCUGUGGUGAACAUCGUCCAGUCGUCCCCCGUCCAAGAGGAACAGGAAGAGGCGGAGUUUCCCGGGACACACUUCCUGUCUGUGGCCGACAUGGAGCAGGCUCCUGAUGUUCCUGAUGUUCCUGAUGGUUCUGAGGAGGUCCUGGAGCUGGAGGGAGGUCCUGGUCCAGACCCGGUCCAGUAUCAGGGUCCCGUGUUUCCUCCACAGCCCCGUCCCUCUGCUCCGCCCUCUGCCCACGGACAGAACCUCUACCUGGGCCUGGACGUCCACACACACGACCUGGAGGAGCGACUGGUCCAGUGGGUGGAGCAGCAGCUCAUGUCAAAGCUCAUCUGUGAGAUGUCCCGCCCUCCUCUCAUUGACCCCACCCACACGCCCUACGACCAAUCAGAGCCAGAGGAGAGGCCUGGGCCCGCCAACAGACUAUCUCCUGUCCAAUCAGAGCACAGCGCUGCCUCUGACAUCAAUCCUGCAGACUCUGGUUUGCAGCUGGAGGUUCAGUCUGGACUAAACCUGGACCCAGAGGAGGUCCGUGGUCUGGUCUUGGAGGUCCUGACUGAGAUCGUGGCUCUGUUCCUGGGGUCCAGAGAGUCCCAGGAACCAGAGACCGGACCAAGAACCGAGCCAGGAUCUGACCCGGGAGGAGAGCCGGAACCAGCGGAGCCGAGCCAAUCAGAGCCUCUGGAGGUGGUGACCCCUGACCUCACCCCCGUCCACACUCCGCCCCCCGCCUCGCAGACUCCGCCCAUCUCUCCUGUAGCCACGCCCGCACCCACACCGCCGCCGCCGCCCACGGAUCGGCCCGACAUGAAGGAGGACACACCCCCUGAGCCUGUAGCCACGCCCCCUCUCACUCCCCCGGUCACACGUCCCGACGGCGAGCCGCCAUUGGCCGAGGAGGAGGCGGAGUCAGAGACCCCCCCUCCCCCUGUCUCCGCCCCUAACCCCACCCCCGCCCCUGUCCCCUCCCCCCCUCCCUUCGGACACAUCUCAGAGGGAGAACUGCUGCUGAGCCUGCGCCACCUGCAGGACACACACGACGACGGCUGCAGUUUCUCCAGCUCCCUGCACGAGCUCCAGGACAUGGACCCUGACCCCCCGAGUGUUGGGCAGAUUCGCUGCAGCAGCAUUUUACUCAACUUCAUCACCAAGAUGCAGCAAAGAGAGCCCCGCCCCCAGCCCGAGCCCGAGGUAAACCCCCCCCAGCCCGAGGUAACCCGCCCCCAGCCCGAGGUACACCCGCCCCAGCCCGAGGUACACCCCGCCCCACACCCGCCCCAGCCGAGGUACACCCGCCCCCAGCCGAGGUACACCCCGCCCCCAGCCCGAGGUACACCCCGCCCCAAGCCCGAGGGCUCAUGGGGGCGGGGCUUAGAGGAGGAAGAGGAAGUGAGCGCUGGCGAAAUCCGAGACGACCUGAUCAAAGAUGUGACCAAUCAGGAGAGAUCUCCAGGACAGGCCAGUCCAAUCACAGGGGAUGUUCUGGAGUGGACCAAUCAGAGCGCUGUGUCUGAGGGGCUGCUGACCUCUGACCUGCUCGACUCUCACCUGCCGCAGUGGUUCUGUUGGGCUCUGUCAGUGGUUCUGUCAGUGGUUCUGUCUGUGGGGCGCCGGUCGGACCGUCAGUCGUUUCCUGGAGGAGAACAGGGAGUUUCCAUGACGACCGCAUCCAAACUUCACCAGGGAGUUUCCACGGAGACGGCGUGGGAGGGAUUCUCCAGAGGCACAAAGCAUCAUGGGAGUUCACCUGUCGUGUUCUUCACCUGUCGUGUUCUUCACCUGUCGUGUUCUUCACCUGUCGUGUUCUUCGCCUGUCGUGUUCUUCGCCUGUCGUGUUCUUCGCCUGUCGUGUUCUUCACCUGUCGUGUUCUUCGCCUGUCGUGUUCUUCGCCUGUCGUGUUCUUCGCCUGUCGUGUUGUUCACCUGUCGUGUUCUUCGCCUGUCGUGUUCUUCGCCUGUCGUGUUCUUCGCCUGUCGUGUUCUUCACCUGUCGUGUUCUUCGCCUGUCGUGUUCUGUCGUUCUUCGUCUGUUCGUGUUCUUUGCCUGUCGUGUUCUUCGUGUUCUGUCGUGUUCUUCACCUGUCGUGUUCUUCGCCUGUCGUGUUCUUCGCCUGUCGUGUUCUUCGCCUGUCGUGUUCUUCACCUGUCGUGUUCUUCACCUGUCGUGUUCUUUCAGGCUCCAGUUUCGGUUUUUAA